AUGCUUGAAGUUUGGAACAGCACUACCCUGAGUGUUCUAAUCAAGGCGAAAGGAAAUGCAAAAUUAAGAAGACAAGAAUGGGAAGCUUGGGCAAUAAAGAAACAUGGCAGCCUUCAGUCAGCAUAUAGCAAUCCAAGGGUAAAGGUUCCUAAGCUUGAAGAUCUAUUGGUUGAAGAGUGGAGUUUAGCCCGACCUAAUCAAGCUGGAAUAUCAGCCUGGACACUCAAUACUUAUAUCAGGAAGUUUGAACAGCUUAAACAGGAUUUGAUAAAAGAACAGGAAGAAGAAAAAAGGCAAAGGAUGUUGAGAGCUGCUCCUGUUAUGAUUCCAGACUGCUUCCCUGGCUCCGAUAUACCUAGGUUUGAUCUCAAGAAGCUGCAGGAUAUUAAGAAGCUUCCCCAGGAGGUUAAGCAGCUUAUCAAGACAAGGCAACGUGCUAAGACGAGGCAAGAGGUUGAAGGUUCAAGGUUAAAUUAUCUUGAACUCUGGAGAGAAGAGUUCUCUGCUCAGGUUCCUACCUGGAGAGGUUCAGGUCAUCAGCUACAGAUUCGUCUGUAUGAGUUACAGUGUAUCCCAAGCAUACGAAGGCGCCUCAAAUCUGCAAUAAUAAUGAUCUCACCAAGAAAUCCAAAACUGGAAGUUACUAAAUUGGAAGAACUUCCGGUAUUACUUCCUCGUGUCACACUAUUUCCUGAGGUUGACGAUAUCAGUGUGGAGGCCACUGUCCGGAGACCAGUUUUCGAGGCUGAACUUAAAGUUCCCGUGAUUACGUUCCGUACCGAGGUUGUUGAAACUAAAGGCCUCGGAGAGUUCAACAUUCCAGAGGUGCGCACAGGAUGGAAGACCACUGAACAGAAACCAGCUUGGCAUUCUCCAGCUUCCAGUUUUGUAGCAAAACCGGUUUUAAGCGUAGAAACAGGUUUUGGCUGUGAAUCCAAAGGUUUCGAAUGCAACAAAUGCUUUGCAAUAUUUAAUAAUAUUAACAACUUCAAGAAUCAUAUGAUGUUGCAUCUUGAUGUUGUUGUUGUCUCCCCCGGAGAUAAGCAGGAGUUGCAGUGGAGGGGAUUCAACACUGAUAUACGAUUGUGCAAAAAAAGAAGUUCCGAACUUGUUUCUGAAAUAAUGUGCAUUGACCUAGUCAAGGGUUUAGUUGAAAAUGCCAUGAAUUUAUCUAAAUAAACUGUGUGGGGGGGGGGGGAAGAUGGCGUUCUGGAAACAAAUGUUUAUAAAUUGUUGUAUCAUGUUAAAAUUGCAUCUACCAAAUAAAAUAUCUGAGAUUGAUCUUGGAGGAUUCUGAAAUAUAUUUUUAUGAACAAUGAA